AUGGAAGUCCAGGCAUCAGCGGUCUCCGCUGCAGCGGCAAAUCUCCAUGCUUUGCGGCAGCAUGUCUUCAAAAUGUCAGAUUAUUGGCAGCAGCCUCAGAGAGGACCACCCCAGACAUCACCCGGGUUGCAGCAUAGUCCGCUACAAAAUUCCCAGCAGCAGAUUCAGGUUCAGGUUCAACAGCAGCAGCAACAGCAGCAACAACAACAACAACAGGCACAGCAGCAUCAGCAAGUACACAGUCCGAUGCACAGUCCGCUGGGGCAACAGCAGCAACAGACUCAGACUAACAAUAGUGGCACAUUGGGCGCCAACUCGAGCUUGGGGCCUAGUCCUAAUCAAAUGCACCAUGCGAUGGCUAUGAGCCAACAGAAUUCCCAGCAACAAAGUGGGCAUCAGUCAUCGCCCGCCCCGACGACGCCGUCGCCUCAUCAACGGGAUCCCCAUCAGGCGGGAACCAUAAGCUCGACAAUGGCUCAGAGCUUACAUAAUCUUGCUCAAGCUCAAGCUCAAGCUCAACAGCAACAACAGCAGCAGUCAAUGUCACAGGCUUCGAGCCCAUCGCUGACCGUCCAAGCUGUCCAGGCAGCUCAAGCGCUCAAUCAAAACCUUGGACAGGCACUUAGUCAGGCCUUAUCUCAAAACAUGCAGCAGAAUCUCGGGCAGACUCUACAGCACAAUCUGGCCCAGAGCUUAACGCCCACUUUGUCGCCUCAGCAGCAACUGCUCAACCAGCCGCAGAAUCUCAGCCAAAGUCAGAGUCUACAGCAGAGUCUGCAGCAGAACCAAGCCCAGAACUUAUCACAGUCGCUGCAACAGCAAGCGCAAAACUUGUCACAGAACUUGGGGCAGUCACUGAACCAGCAGGCGCUUCAACAGCAGGCGCAAAAUCUCUCCCAGAAUUUGCAGCAGCAGGCUCAGAGCUUGCAGCAGCAAGCGCUCAACAUGGCUGGAGGAAUGAACCAAAAUGGGGGCAUUCCGGGCAUGAAUGUGCCCCAAGGAAAUCAACAAAAUUCACAAAAUUCAAUGAUGAGUCCUGGAACUGGGAGCCAGGACUCGCAUGACGCGACUCUCACCGAGAAAUUAGUUAACGAGCUUCAGUCUCGUGCUACGGCUGCUGGUCUAGGUGGUGGUGGUCCUGGUGCCGGGGGUGGAGGAAUGGCUAACAUCAACGAACGCACCCUCGAGGAAUGCUGGUCAACUCUGCAGCGAUUCUUCUCGCAGAUCUUCAUGCACAAGAGCGCAAUGCAGAGUGCAAUGCACGCUCGAGAUCUGGGUCCAGGUGGACUUGGCAGACCAGGUGGAGUUCCCGGCGGUCUUGCUGGUCUGGGAGUCGGCGUUGGCGUUGGACCAGGCGGUAUGAUUACCGGCAACGAAGUUAAGCCACACCAGUGUCAGCAAUGUCUUAAAUCAUUCUCAAGUAAUCAUCAACUAGUACAACAUAUUAGAGUUCAUACCGGUGAGAAACCUUACAAAUGCAGUUACUGUGAUCGAAGGUUCAAACAACUUAGUCAUGUACAGCAACAUACACGGUUACAUACCGGUGAACGACCGUACAAAUGUCAUUUACCAGAUUGUGGUCGUGCAUUUAUUCAGCUAUCGAAUCUUCAACAACACCUGAGAAAUCAUGACGCGCAGGUAGAAAGAGCUAAAAAUCGCCCAUUCCACUGCGGCAUCUGUGGCAAGGGCUUUGCGACCGAGUCCAGCCUGAGGACCCAUACGUCGAAGGUCAGUCAUCAACAUGCGGGACUUAUUGGAGGGCCCAAUGCAACAAGCUGUCCAAUCUGUCACAAACUCUUCCUCGGAGGUGAGGCACUCAUGGAACAUAUGAAGAUCACCCACAAGGAUCCAAAUGCUUCUGGUGUUGCCACGAAACGUCGGACUGCGAACCAUCCUUGCCCAGUUUGCGGGAAGCACUACAUCAACGAAGGAAGUCUGAGAAAGCAUCUGGCAUGUCAUCCGGAAACUAGUCAACUAAGUACGAAUUUAAGGAUGUGGCCGUGUUCUGUUUGUCAAGCCGUCUAUACCCAUGAGAGCGGUCUCCUGAGUCAUAUGGAACACAUGAGAAUGGAUCCUAAGCACCAGUUUGCUGCUCAAUAUGUACUAAGUCGUGCGGCUGCUGAGAGACGUGAAAGAGAACUAUUAGCUGGCUCUAGUUUAGGAGCAGGUCUCGGUGUGUUGACGAGUCAACCAGGUGGACCACAAAAUUUACAGCAACCACCAAUGUGCCCAUCGCCAUCGGCUCAUUCCGAGAGCAGUAGUGGCAACGGAAGGCUUUCAUCAGCCGGUAGUGAACCUGAUUUUUGUGCAGGCACCGGACUACUAAACAACAACAACAAUAAUAACAACAAUAAUAUGGCGUCACCGGGACCAAGUGGUAACAAAUUGAGUGAAAUGCUGAGAGCGGGUAGUCAAUCAACGGCCCAGCAGUAUCACGAUGAAAUGCAAUCACAACAGCAGAGAAUGGCUGUUAUGGCGGCGGCUGUUCAAGCUGCUGGUCUUCAAAAUUCCGUAUCGCCAAAUUUGUCGCCAGUGGACGUAGCAUCCCUAGCAGCAGCAAUGAGAAUGGGCGGUAACAACAACGAUAUAAAUGCAAACCAACAAGGACAAACAGGUCCCCAACAACAAGGCGUACAAAAUAAUAAUUCCGAGCAGGCAUUGCGAAUGCAUCAAGCCGAAGCACUGCUACGAUCACAAGCCGAAGCUGCCCUCAGACUCGCGGUUAGUAUUAAUUCACAAGUAUCACAAGCAGCAGCAGCUGCAGCGAGUUCCGCAGUCGGAAGCGACAUGAGGCAUCACUUAGGACAGCACAAUGGAGGUGGUGGCGCGUCUGGUAUGCCAGGGCAUCAUACAAACCAACAAUUAUCGCAACAAGACAGUUUAUCACCAGAUUUAGGUAAGUCGCAACAGCAGCAUCAUCAGAUGAUGAUGAGGGGACUUGGCGAGGACCUACAAUCCCAAUCCGCGAACAAGCGCGUACGAUUAACCGCAAGCCUGAUUCCAUCAUCAGGGGAGGCGCUCCGACUGCAGGAGCAACGAUUAGAGCAGGCACUGAGGCUACAUGGUGACCCACGUGCCCUCGGGUUCACACUCCAGCACGUUGUUAAUCAACAAAACAAUCAGCAACCAUGAAAGUUCAGUUACUACUGAGACGAGUGGACCCCUUGGGCUAACGAGACGUCCUAUCCGGUAGAGCGCGAGUUCCAGCAACAGCAGAAC